AUGGGGCCCACAAAGAACCUCCUCCUCCGAUUUGAGAGCCGGAACGGACAGUUUCGCUUGACUGUUGAACCUUCUGAGCUUUUCCCAACUUUAUUGCCUAAGAUCCUUUCGAAUUUACCCCAGAACGUUGAUCCGGGUUCUAUCACUUUGUCGAAUCAGCCCAUAGGAACCGGCGGUGAGGAGAGAAAGAUAAGCUCGCUAAAUGGUGUUGCGAUACAGAGGGUUGGCCUAAAGCUUCGAGUGGAGAGUAACAGAGGCGGAAAACCAAGGCAUGGAGAUAAAUUAUAUGUCGGCUAUAGCGAACAAUCGUCUCUCGCGAAUGGCGAUGCGAAGUCAACCUCUGGAGCCUCACAAAAUAUUUCACGGCGGUUAAAUGGGGCGGCGGUCCCGCAAGAAGACCGGCCAGUAGCUCGAGCGCCAUCGUCUCCAACCGCUGUUAUCAAAAAUCCAUGGGAAGUUGUUCAACAGUCUGCACUGGAUGAUCGACUAGAUAAGAAAGAUGGCAAGAUACCCAGGGGACGAGAUCUGAAGAUGUGUCGCCAUGGUUCAAAGGGAAUGUGCGAUUAUUGUAUGCCCUUGGAGCCGUAUGCCCCGGAAUAUUUGAUGGAUAAGAAGAUUAAACAUCUAUCCUUCCAUUCGUAUCUGCGAAAGGUCAACUCAUCGAAAAACAAACCAGAACUGAAAAGCUCUUAUAUGCCUCCCCUCACAGAGCCUUACUACAGGGUACGGAAAGAUUGUCCUUCCGGGCAUCCUGCAUGGCCAGAAGGGAUUUGCACAAAGUGUCAGCCAAGCGCCAUCACGUUACAGCCACAAGAAUUUCGAAUGGUGGAUCAUGUUGAAUUCGCUUCGCCAGAUCUAAUAGAUUCUUUGCUUGAUUUCUGGCGGAAAUCGGGUGCCCAGCGACUGGGCUUCUUAUAUGGCACAUAUGAAGAAUAUUCCGAAGUGCCUCUCGGCAUAAAAGCAGUUGUCCAGGCCAUCUACGAACCGCCCCAAGUUGACGAAGUAGACGGAAUUACUCUCCGGGAAUGGGAGAAUGAGCAAGAUGUGGAUCAGGUCGCUAAGCUGUGCGGGCUUGAAAAGGUGGGCGUUAUUUUCACUGAUCUUUUAGACUCAGGACAUGGAGACGGAACCGUUAUAUGCCGGAGGCACAUCGAUUCCUACUAUCUCUCCUCACUCGAGGUAAUCUUUGCGGCUCAACUUCAAGCGAGAUACCCGAAGCCAAGCAAAUGGAGCGAAACCGGCCGGUUCGGCUCUAACUUUGUAACGUGCAUUCUGAGCGGAGAUGAAAAUGGUGCUAUCUCCAUCAGUGCAUACCAAGCAUCAAAUUCGGCGGUGGAGAUGGUGAGGGCGGACAUCGUUGAACCUUCCGCGGACCCAUCUGUGAUGCUCGUCCAGCUUGAGAGCGAGUUGGAAAAUGCAGAUACUGGCACAGUACGCUACAUUCCAGAAGUCUUCUAUAGGAAAGUCAAUGAGUAUGGCGCGAACGUGCAAGAGAACGCUAAACCAGCUUUCCCCGUUGAAUAUCUCUUUGUGACUUUGACGCAUGGUUUCCCAACUGGGUCUUCCCCCCUAUUUACUGAUAAUACAUUUCCGAUUGAGAAUCGAGAGGUUAUCGGGGAGAGUCAAGACAUUCGGAGAGUCGCAAACAAGCUUUUGUCUCGCACAGACCCUGAUUCAGCGAUACGCGCUGUGUCUAAUUUCCAUUUGCUCUGCUUCAUGCAUGGGCUCGGUAUUUUGACUAAGGAUGAGGAGACCCUUUUGUGCACUGUCGCCCGAACUCAUGACCCCGCCGAUGGCGUCCAGUUGAUUAACACAUCGGGCUGGGCCACAUUGGUGACCAUUCUUCAGGAGAGUGGUGAGCAGCCCCCCAAGCGCUCUCAGCCAUUCUGGCAAGCUGAGAGUUCUACCCACUAUCACCACCAUUCUCACCAUGAACCCUUUAACCCCAAUCCUCCCUGUCCUGAUGAUGGUCAGCUUGCUAAAAGGUUUAAGAGGGCUAGUUUAGAAUAA